AUGAACGGGCUUUCAGUAUUUGCUCUUGGUCUCCUCUUGGCGAUCAUCACUGAGACAUACUGCACUCCCGGAGGUCUCGGUCCACAGGAGUAUGCAGGACCUGGCGAACAAGCCCUUGUUCAAAAGAACAGGGACGCCAUUAUUCGAAGAUUACCAUCUUUCAUGGAGGGGCCUUUUGGACCUUUGAAGGCCCUGGUGUUUAAAAAGCAGGUCGUGAAAGGAACAAACUAUUUUAUCAAGGUAAAAAUGCAAGGUGCUCAACCACGCUACUUACACGUGAAAAUAUACACUGGUCUGAACAAUCAGAGUAAAGUGAAGGAUGUGAAAUUCGUGGCUCAGUACGAUCCAAUCGAAUACUUUUAA